UCCUCAUGGUAUACGGAUACCAUGGUCCAAGCGGACAUCGUAAAAUUAAAAGGAAGUUAUUGUGAAUGGGAAGCACGUGUCUCCCUUUCACUUAUGUAUACGUAUUUUAAAUACCAUUUAAAUCCAGCACUUAUCAGCGCUGAUUAUGCCAGUGCGGGUCUCUUUUAAACAUCUUUCCACACCCGCAAGGGUCUCUGCUCCUCGUGUUAAUUUCGCUGCAAUGUGAGAACUACAUAGCCACCUUUUCAAGCUCAUUUCUUUCCCCACUUCGAGAGAUACGGUACGGACUGUCUUGACGAAACCCCCCGGACUUUCAGAACCGAAAACGAUCGAGAUUAGUGAACUGCAACGGACUUGGACCGAAAGACACGGAAUUCACUUGUACAUUGAUGCAUUCUUUCAAUUUGUCCACUAUACAAACGGGAAUUUCGUGAGAAGUGCAAUUUGUUCUUACUAGUGCAGUGCAGCUCCGUGUACAGAAGAAGCAUUCGCCAAUACAGGCCUGAGAUCAGCGACUCCUAAGGAAUGUUGUGUUAACAGCACUCUUAUGCAGGUGGAUCCUACUUCGAUGAAUGUAGGGGAUGGAAGCCCAGUGAUCAAAGAGACUGGUGCUCCGAACAGGGCAUCUGUGAGCAUGGUGGGGAACCCACCCCAGACACUGCCCCCAGAACUCAGGGGAGAUGGGCCUCUCAGCCAGCAAACCACCAUAGCAACGGCAAUGGACUGCAAAGCUUCAGAUUUUUCUUCAGAAGACAGUGGUCUGAAUCCCCGUCCUGAAGUUCCCUCUUGUCCCCAGCAUGAAGGUGCCCUAUUGAUAGGCCCCGCCCCUGUGAACGUUGCAUCGUUGCGCAAGACCGUAGAGGUGCCCAAGCCUGCUGUGGAUGGCUCUCCAAGUUUUCCCACACAGCAAUGGACGUGUAGCAAAAAACCACCCCCGAACUCAAGUCAUGGUGGCGUGACCCCAAGCAAGAGGACAAACUCGCAGGCCCAGUCUGUCAUCAGCCUUCCGGCGGGUUUCCAGUGCUCUUCGCUUUUCAAACCAGGCCAGCCAGUCGCCUUCCUUCCAUCCACUACCUUCAGCCCCCCGCUGUGCAAGAUCACCCUGCCCCCUGGCUUGGGCCAGAUUGCGGCUCUGAGGGAGACCGCAGGCAGCCAGCUUCAUGUAGAGUGCCGGCCACAGACUUCAAGCUCUGGCGUUGCCCCAAACCUCCAGACCUACCCUUACCACUUCUCUGUGGCCAAAGCCCCUGCACCCGAAGCCCGGCCGCCUUCAACAGCAGCACAUAAAAACAAGCAUGGGCCUGUCUCUGGCAGCAAGAAUUCCAAUGCGGGAGCAGAACACAGCUCACCCCUGCAUUCCGUGGCCUCGCCCAUCACUGCUCGGCCACUGAAGCAGUUGACGUCGGGCCUUGCUCCUCCACCCCCUGUUUCAGUGUCUCCCCCCACCCCUCCAGCCAUUGUCUCCACACACAGUAGGCUACUGAACCACUUGGAGAAGAGCCCGUCUCACCAAGGUAUGGGCAAGGCACCCGCAGUGUGCUCAAGACUCAAGGCUCAAUGUGCUGUUGUGCACGGACAUACAGUUACUGAAGUGAGGGAUGUGCCCCUUGACUUGUCGUCAAAAUCAAAACGUCCUAAAGCCACGAAGGAACCUCAAGACGCCUCCUCAGCCGCAGAGUGCCACCUUUCAGAGGAUGGUAAGGGAGGUGAUCCCAUCCCUCCAAAGAGGGCUGUGCCUGCUACUUUUGGGCUUGGAGGUCCUCUCUCCAUCUUCCCAGAAACCCUGAGAAAUGGCGCCCCUCCAAAGCAAGCCUCACGACUCCCGAAUCAUCAGGCCCACAAACCAUCGACGCCCUGGGCUAAAGGUUCGAACAGCUCCACUAGCAACUUAGCUGGCACCUAUGUGGGUGUGGCCAGCCCCAUAUUAGCCUCCACAUUGCGCAGCAAGGAUGGGAAAGGUGCAUUUGUGGAAGAUCUCCAGAGCACUGCUAAACAGGUGACUAUUUCUAUUAUUGACCAAGGGGAGCAGCAGGUCUCUAGAGCUAUGAAGGGACCAUCUGUAGUGAAGGACGCCCAGCACACCCUUGGAUCCAAGUAUUCCGACAAUGCCUGUGUACCCAGAACACAGGUUGGUACACCUACUACACCUAAAGAUAGCAUCACUACAGUUUUGUCCAUCUCUCCUGGCUCGAAUCCUCACUGUAAGCUCAGUGGUGGGAAAAGAAUGGUUACACUUUCUCCCACCAUUGACAAUCCUGCACGGAACCAGCCAGUUCCUCUUCCCCACCAAGGGUCUACAGUCAAGCAGAAGAUGAUCCAGGUGACUCCCAAGUUACGGGUGACUGUGGGUUGCAAAGGCCCUCUGUUUCAGAGCAGUCACCCAAGCCCAUCCAAGAUGGCUGAGAAAAAGUGGGGGAAAACAAAGUCUCCUCUCUCAAAUCUUGAGUCCAUAGUGAAGCAGAAGGCACUGGAGACAUCUGCGCUUGGUGAUGAAGGGUGUUGUAAUGCAGCCUCAGCCGGCCUGAGAAAGCCUGAGGUAGCGAACAUGAAUUUCAGACCCCAGGAUACUCCGUCCAGUGGAUUCCCACCAUUCAGGCCUGUGAAGAGAAGAGAGGGAAAAGUCAAGACCGAUUCCACAGAGGGAAUGCCUGCUAAGAACUCCGGCAAACAAGAAAAUGGGAGCAUCGCUGAGCCCAGAGAGAAGAGCACUGAGAAACGCAUUGAGGAAAACGGAGGAAGUGAAGAACGCUCUGGUAGCUCAAAACUUGUUGCCCAAGCUCAACUACUGGGUGGUAGUGGUCAAGUUGACAAAAACGGCGUCAAAACAAAAUUGCGAAGGGAUGAGGAGAAGCCGGUGCCUGAGACCCUCUCUCCUUGUGUGAAACUGGAGGGAAUGGCUUUAUCCAUCCUCAAGGGUCCAAAUCCAGAUGUGGCUGAACAGGGGAAAGAAUUGACUGCAACCAGAGAGACACCCCCUUCCAAAGGUGGAGUCACUGUUAACAAAUACAAGAAAGUCAGUCAGAGUAAGGCUGACAAAUCAUCUGUGGUGUCCUCAAAAAAGAUGGUGAGGAGCUUAAAGAGAUCACGCGAAAAGGAGGACAGCACUUCAGAGUGGCCUCAUCGCCGAAAAAAGAAACAAGGGGCACCUGUGCUGAAGUCUGGCCAGCUGGACGUGGCUACAUCCCCACCGACCGAGGAGCGGGAGAAGACGGGCAGUGAAUGGAGCAACCUCACUGAUGUCACACGGCCGCCUCACAUCAAAGCAGGUAAUGAGGGCAGGUCUGCGGUGGACGCUCCGGCUUUGCAAGGCAGCCCCGGCUGGUUGAAUAAGGAGGCGGGGCCCGUGGCAAGCUGCCCACCCAGGCAGAAGAGGGGGCGGCGGCCCGCGGAAAAGAAUCUGCCCCCUGCCGCCAAGGUCCCUCCUCCCGCCCCGCAAACCGGCGAAGUCCGGCGAAAGAGGGGCAGGCCACGCACCAACCCGCUGCCUGACCAAGGGUGCGUGGGGACGGCAAAACCCACGCCCGCUGUCGCUGAGGAAGACGCCUGCCCGAGGAAGAAGAGGAAGCGACGCAGGAACAGGAAGUACCAGAAUGGGGAGUAUAUCAUGGAGAGAGACAAGGCUGGAGAAGAGGAAGGGAGGUGUGUCGCGACACGACCAGCAACCCGGGCUGGGACAGAUCAGAGGAUUGGGUUGUAUCCGCGACUCAGUGCCACGCUGACGUGUCGGGGUGCCAGCCCGGACAGGACCCCCAGGAGGCCCCUGCAGACCCGCUCCGGUUCGGCGCGUCACUCGGAACGUCCCGCCUCCCCCGAGCCCCAGGACAAACCCUCGGGGAAGAGGAAGUUCAAAAGCAAGCACCUGUGUGACACCGAGGAGAGGAAGUUCAAGCCCAAACGCGGCAGCUCCGGAAAGCGCUCCGCCCCCCUGGUCUCCGAUAGCGGCAGCUCUCCUGUGAAGAAGCCUCCUGACCUUCCCACCCCUCUCAGGGGACGUCCGUCUCCCUCCGCGGCCAGGAGAGGCGGCGUGGGGAGGGGCCGGACCCCGGAGUCUCCCCCCGGCCGUCCCGUCCCCCCGGAGGUCCGACGGCUCAUCGUCAAUAAGAACGCCGGCGAGACCCUGCUUCAGAGAGCCGCCAGAUUGGGUUACCAGGAGGUGGUGCUGUACUGUUUGGAGAAGGAUGAGCGGGAGGUGAAUCGCCGUGACAACGCGGGCUACACGGCGCUCCACGAGGCCUGUGCCAGAGGCUGGACCCAGAUCGUUCAGGUGCUGCUGGAGCACGGAGCCGACGUCAACUGCAGCGCACAGGACGGCACACGGCCAAUUCAUGAUGCGGUGGCGAGCGACAACCUGCCCGCGGUGUGGAUGCUGCUGAAUCGAGGGGCGGACCCUACGCUGGCCACCUACUCCGGACAGACCGCCGUCAAACUCGCUCAGAGCAGCAGCAUGAAGACCUUCCUCAGCGAAUACUUUGCGGAUUUGGAAGGGCGUAACGGGCAGGAUCCCAGCAUGCACUGGGAGUUCUACAGCAGUGCUGUGUUUGAAGCCGGACAGGAGGCAUGCUGGGACUUCCUGCUCUCGUUCCCUGAGGUGGAGGAGGGGCGGAAGGAGGCGAGAGCAGAGGACGACUGCUUCCUGUUUGAGUUUUCCUCAGAGCCCCUGUUACCCUGUUACCACGUCCAGGUGUCACUGUCACAGGGCUUCUGCAAUUGGUUCCUGCUGUCGGACGUCCUGAAGCGGCUCAAGAUGUCCGCUCGGAUAUUCCGGGCGCGGUACCCUCACCUGGAAGUGGUGAGCAUCUCGUGGGCGGAGCUGUGCAGGCAGGUGUCCAUCAGUCAGGUGACGCCGGCCCCGGAGGACCCCCGGGCCGGGGAGGACGAGGACGCGGGCGGACAGGUGGAGCUGGUGCGUUGCGUGACGGAACUGCAGGAGCUGCUGGGCUCCUCUCUGCACUUCCUGGAGGCGGAGUCUUCGGACACGCCCGGGCCCCUGGGGUGCCAGCCUCCCACAGCCACCCUAAUCUGCCCAAAAGCGGAUUCCAGUUCCCAGUCCUCCAAGAGUAAGAAAUCACACAAAAAGGAGGAAAGUGAAGACUUAAUGCUAGAGACUGACUGCUACGUUACCAUCCUGUGGAGAAGAAUUCGUGCUAAGAGGCUUAAGCUCAGCCAACUGGUCAGAGGGCCAUUGGGCCAGAUGGGUUCUCUGCUAACCAGUGAAAUCCAUGUUCAAGAACACCCCCCCCCGCCCCCCACCGUAGCCAACCACACGCCCCUCAGGUCACUGGGUCAGUAUUUGCUCACAGACCACGUUCCUGUACAGUUUGAAGUUGUAUGUGUUUUUGCCCAGUCUGUGAUGGUAUUAAUUCCACUUUGGAAGAAGCAUCUCAAAAAAAAAAAAAAAAAAAAGAGACAAAAGUGGUUCUUUCUGACUGAUAACCAAAAAAGGGUUUUCUUUAUAAAUGAAUGUUCUGCUUCCCACUGAUCUCCUUCAGUGUCUGCAUUUAAGUUAUUGUAAGAAAGGCCACUCCUGCCCCUCCCCCAAAUAGAUGAUAUGCCUGUAGAUCAAUAAGCAUUUAUAGAUUAGCGCAGAUGUAGGGCUUGAUCGCACUGUCUUAAUGCAGUCAAGUUCUUCCUGUGAUUCACCCCCCCUCAUGUAUAACGGUGGGAAACCCUUGCAAAUGCUUGACGUUCUUUCAGUUCCCCAAGUACAGAUGGGAUGGGUUCCUCGCAUGCUGGUGUGACAUGGCUGCACCCUGCACCUUAGACUGGGAAGAACAAAUGACCUUGUGUGAACCCUCCAAUCACCUUGACCCGUCCUGGCGUAAUGAUUUUGGCCAUGGCCGAUGGAAGCCGAUGUGUGUUUUAUUUUUAAAUGGUCAGUUGGUGUCCUUGCUUAAUUUUAUUAUUAUUAUUAUUAUUAUUAUUAUUAUUAUUAUUAUUAUUAUUAUCUAUUGGGCCCCUGAAAGCUUUUCAUCCCCCUCCCUGCUUGUGGGUGGGUCUGAUUACCACUACUAAUAAUAAUAACAACAAUAAUAAUAAUUAUAAUUAACUUGUUCCUUAUCCUGGCAAAAAAAUGAUUUAAUAGGACUUUGAAUGUUUGGUGCUUUAUUUGAAGUGUGUGUAUUAUAACUGUUUUCCCCUCCUUGCAUACAGUAUUUUAAUAUGCAAAAGUACAGUUUUAAUGUACUGGUGCUAAGCUAUAUUUUGUGUUGACAAUCAGUGUUUUGUUUUAAUCGCCGAUGAUAUUUAAAAUGAAGAAAAACAACAUAGUAAAUGAUCAUUUUAGUACCUCUUCCUGUGGUGGAGUUGUGAGGUGUACAGCUGUACCCCCAAGGAGGACUUUUGGACAAUGUAGUGUUCAUGAGACCUGUCGAAAAUAGAAGGAAUCCUUUUAUUUGACCCUUAUUUAAAAAAAAUCAGAAUAAAGCAUGAUUGUGAAGUCUGGUCUUCAGGUGUUCUGUAAAAUGUAUUGUAUAAAUUGCUUUGUUUAAAAAAAUGUUUUGUCAUUUUUUUCCAACAUGUAUCAUACCGUACACAAUACCUAAUUCAUUGGUAAAUUACUGCUAAGUACUGCUGACCUGUAGCCCUGCAGCCUGGAGCUAAGCUGGGUAGGUUUGUUUUAGCAAAGUUUAUCUACGAUCUCUGGAUGGGGCUUGAUUUUUUUUUUCUCCUGAAGAUAAGACGGGAUUAAAUGAUGUGAUCCUGGCCUAAAACCUGGGUUCUCCAUCUUGGGGGAGCUAAAAUGCUUAGCUGAAGUUUAGCAAAGGUAAGAAACUGAUUUAAUAAUGGUUCAACUAAUUUGGUCAACAAUGCUGUAAUCAGAAACAUUUCAGUUACAGUUCAAUUUAGAACCUGAACCUGAACCUGAACUGAGAAUUGUUUACAUCGGGGAAACAGAACAGGGCCCUACUAACUGUCUAAAAAUGUGUCUAUUUUAGGACCUUAGAAUUAUUGGGUUCUAUAUAUUAAAAUCAAAAUGCUCCUUUGUGUCCUUUUGUUAUGUUAUUAAACUCCAUAAAAUUA